UGCCAGCCGCGCCGCUCAUAAUAGUUUGUGACGCGAAGUGAGUAGUGUUUAUUGUGUACGUUUGCCGGAUGGACGGUUGUAGUUGAUGUUGAUGAUGAUGAUGGCGACGGUUUGAAUAAAAAUUGAAUUUUCAACAACAACAACAAAGCAAUAACACUGCACUGCAAUAAGAAGAAAACAGUGAAUGUGCAUGCAAAUUUCGGUUGCAGCAAAAGUGUGAAAAAGUUAUUUUGUGAAUUUACAAUUUGAAGUGCGAAAACGGAAUCAAGUGAUUGAAACUGCAUAGAAAUUGCAAAACAAAAAUCAGUGUAAAAGAAAAUACAAUUUGUUGGUGCAGUGAGUGAAAUGCAGCUGCAAGCGACCAGCAGCACUAAAACCAUUACAAUAACAACAGCGUCGCCGCUGCUAACUAACGAAUAUGCUGUUUGGUGCGUCCGCUUCGUCCAUGUAAUGUAGCCGCUUGCGCUGGGCUCAUGAUUCGCGUUGGAAUUUAAUUCAAAUUAAAUUCAUCCGGUUAAACGCUACCAACUAGCUUUGGUCAAAUUUGUGUUUGAAAAACAAAAAUCGCGAAAAAACAAAAAAUUAAAAAUAAGAAAACAACGGCAGUUCGGCUAAAACGAGUAAAUUACCGAAAAAUAACGAGUAACAUUGUACGAAAAUUGUUGUAAGUAAGCUAUAAAGGAAACGAAAAGGCAAAAAACAACAAAAAUUAAGAAGUGAAUGAUGUAAAGUGUGUAAAGCAUAAGCAUAGGCAUGUAAUUGUAAGAAAACAACAAAUUUUGAAGGAAUGCAAAGUAAAGAUUACAAUAAAGCCAAGUGCGUAGUGCAACUUUUUGGUAUAAUAUUGAAAUAAGUGUAAAAAUAUAAAAGUAUAUUUUGUUGGAAAAAGUUGAAAUAAGGAUAAGUUCAAAAAAGUGCUAAAAGCGAAGUGACAAAAAGUAACGCGGGAUUAUAUGAUAUACGAAUAACGGGAUAUACUUUCCAAUUGAAAAAUAAUUAAAUAAAAAUUUAUAAAAAGUAAAUAAUAAUUUUUAUAAAAAAAAAGAAAUAAUAUCUUUUUUAAAAAAAAUUAUAUGAAACCGAAAUUCAUUUAAAAAAUUUUAAAAACUCGAAUAUAAAAAAAAAUUUAAUAAAACAAUUACAAAAAAAAUAUUUAAAAAUAUUUUGAAACUUAGACUACUGACUAUACGUGUUUUAAAGUGCAGUUAAACGACAAAAAAUCGAAAACAAAUUAUUAGUGCGCAUAAAAAAUAAAUAAAAUUAUGCUUAAAUAACGCCACCAAUUAGAAAAAUAUGUGUUUUAAAUUAAUUUAAUAUUCAUAAAAUAAUUUGAGUUUCAAAAAUAAUUUUAAUACAACAGUUAGACUUCAAAAACGUACUUUCAUCAUAAGCGCGGCAACGCAUGCGCUUUGGUGUACUCAUUAAAACAUUCAGAAGUCUUAUUCUUCAAGUAAUCAAGAAUAAAAAAGUUCGAUUUCUCGUGCGUGUUAUACAAAACUGGAUUAUCAAAAUGUGGCUGUUGAUCAACAACAACACAUUUCCUAAAUCGGAUAUAUUUUGGAUAAAACUUCUUACAAGUCUGCUGCUGAUUUGUGGAUUUAUUGGCGGCGGCAAUGCAGCGGGCUCCUCAUGCUUAUCUGUGGGUUGUAAAAAUGGCGGCACGUGCAUGACACAAAGCAAUGGACACAGCUUUUGCAAUUGCAGCUCUCGCUAUGUCGGCGAAUAUUGCGAACAUCUGAAUCCUUGUUUUACCGGCCUGCUGCGCUGUCAAAAUGGCGGCACUUGUCAACCUUCAUAUCGUAACGAUCGCCUUGGCAUCUCUUGCAUUUGUCCGCUCGGCUUUACCGAGUCUUUAUGCGAGAUACGUGUGCCGAAUGCCUGUGAUUCAUCGCCCUGUCGCAAUGGUGGUUCGUGUAACCUUAAAACAUUGGACGAUUACACAUGCUCCUGCAUGAAUGGUUAUACAGGCGAAUACUGCGAAACUCAAAAUCUCUGCGCCACCUCACCAUGUCACAAUGGCGGCACCUGUACCUCUGUGGCCGGUGGCAAUAAUUUCAAAUGCAUAUGCCCGAAAGGUUUCAAAGGACAAACUUGCGCCGAAGAUGUGAUCGAGUGUGAGGCGAACCCAUGCAAACAUGGCGGCACCUGCAAGAAUACACAUGGCUCCUAUCAAUGCAUGUGUCCUGGCGGUUAUACUGGCAAAAAUUGCGAAUCCAAAUACAUACCAUGUGCGCCAUCGCCGUGUCAGAAUGGCGGCACUUGUCGUCAAUCGAAUGGUUUAAUGUACGAGUGCAAAUGCCCACCUGGCUUUCGCGGCAAACAUUGCGAAGAAAACAUCGAUGACUGUCCCGGAAAUCUAUGUCAGAACGGCGGUACUUGUAUUGAUGGCAUUAAUACAUAUCGUUGUACCUGUCCGCCAAACUUUACCGGCGAACUCUGUGAAGAAGAUGUUGAUGAGUGUGCGAUGAGGCCCUCGGUUUGUCAAAACGGCGCGACUUGCACUAAUACCCAUGGCAAUUAUUCCUGCAUCUGCGUGAACGGCUGGGAGGGUAGAGACUGCAGCGAUAAUGUUGACGACUGCGUAGCUGCAGCCUGCUUUUACGGCGCCACUUGUAUAGAUGGCGUGGGUUCGUUCUACUGUCGUUGCACACCCGGUAAGACUGGUCUUCUGUGUCAUCUGGAUGAUGCCUGUACAUCGAAUCCUUGUCAUAAGGAUGCAAUAUGUGACACAAGCCCCAUAAAUGGUUCCUACACUUGCUCCUGCGCCACUGGUUAUAAAGGUGUGGAUUGUUCGGAGGAUAUUGAUGAAUGCGAUCAGGGUUCACCUUGUGAACAUAACGGUAUCUGUGUGAAUACACCCGGCUCGUUUAGGUGUAAUUGCUCGCAAGGUUUCACGGGUCCACGUUGUGAGACGAAUAUAAACGAGUGCGAAUCACAUCCUUGUCAGAAUGAGGGCAGUUGUUUGGAUGAUCCCGGCACUUUCCGUUGUGUCUGCAUGCCCGGUUUUGCUGGUACACAGUGCGAAAUUGAUAUUGAUGAAUGCCAAUCGAAUCCCUGCUUGAACGGUGCCACCUGCCACGAUAUGAUAAACGGGUUUAAAUGUUCCUGUGCGCUCGGGUUUGCGGGCACACGUUGUCAGAUCAAUAUAGAUGAUUGCCAGUCGCAACCUUGUCGCAAUAAUGGUAUAUGUCAUGAUUCCAUAGCCGGUUAUACGUGUGAGUGUCCGCCUGGUUAUACGGGCACUUCUUGUGAGAUUAACAUCAAUGAUUGCGAUUCGAAUCCAUGUCAUCGUGGCAAGUGCAUCGAUGGUGAUAACUCAUUCAAAUGCGUCUGCGAUCCGGGCUUCACCGGUUACCUUUGCCAAACGCAAAUCAACGAAUGUGAGUCCAAUCCGUGUCAGUUUGGUGGACACUGUAUCGAUCGUGUCGGUUCAUACCUUUGCAAGUGUCUGCCGGGCACUUCGGGCAAGAACUGUGAAAUCAAUGUGAAUGAGUGUCACAGCAAUCCUUGCAACAAUGGCGCCACCUGUAUUGACGGCAUAAAUAAAUACACCUGCGAAUGCGUGCCGGGCUUUACGGGACUGCACUGUGAGAUUAACAUCAAUGAAUGCGCCUCCAAUCCAUGCGCCAAUAAUGGCGUCUGUAUGGAUAUGGUUAACGGUUACAAAUGCGAAUGUCCACGUGGCUUCUAUGAUGCGCGCUGUCUGAGUGAUGUGGAUGAGUGUGCAUCGAACCCAUGCAUCAAUGGUGGUCGCUGUGAGGACGGUAUUAACGAGUUCAUCUGCCAUUGUCCACCCGGUUAUGGCGGAAAACGCUGUGAAAUAGAUAUCGAUGAGUGCAGUUCCAAUCCGUGUCAGCAUGGCGGCAUCUGCAUUGACCAACUCAACUCCUUCCAGUGUCAGUGUAUGCCCGGCUAUACGGGAUAUCGUUGUGAGACAAACAUUGACGACUGCAUGAUAAAUCCGUGUGUAAAUGGCGGUUCGUGUAUUGAUCUGGUGAAUGGCUAUAAGUGCGUUUGUAAAGUACCGUUCACCGGUAGAGACUGCGAGUCCAAAAUGGAUCCUUGCUCCACACAUCGCUGCCGUAACGACGCCAAAUGCACCCCGUCGCCCAAUUUCUUGGAUUUCUCCUGCACCUGUAAACUUGGCUACACGGGACGUUAUUGUGAUGAGGAUAUCGAUGAAUGUGCGCUCUCGUCGCCCUGCCGGAAUGGUGCGACCUGCUUAAAUGUGCCCGGUACAUAUAAGUGCCUCUGCGCUAAAGGUUAUGAGGGUCGUGACUGCGCCAUCAAUACCGAUGAUUGUGCUUCUUUCCCAUGUCAGAAUGGCGGCACUUGCUUGGACGGCAUUGGAGACUACACAUGCCUGUGCGUUGAUGGUUUCGAUGGCAAACAUUGUGAAACGGACAUAAAUGAAUGCUUGAGUUUGCCCUGUCAGAAUGGCGCUACGUGUCGACAGUAUGUAAACUCAUAUACUUGCACAUGUCCGCUCGGCUUCUCGGGCAUCAACUGUCAAACGAACGAUGAGGACUGCACAGAGAGUUCCUGCAUGAAUGGCGGCACGUGUAUUGACGGUAUCAAUAGCUACAACUGCUCGUGCCUACCCGUUUUUACCGGGUCUAAUUGUCAGUAUAAGAUCAAUAAGUGCGACUCGCAGCCCUGUCAGAAUGGCGCCACAUGUCACGAGAGUGGUGAUGAGUACACAUGCCACUGUCCGCAUGGUUACACGGGCAAACAGUGUACGGAAUAUGUGGAUUGGUGCUCCCAAUCGCCCUGUGAGAACGGAGCCACUUGCUCACAGAUAAAGAACCAAUAUAAUUGCAAGUGUGACGCUGGUUGGACGGGCAAACUUUGUGACGUGGAGAUGGUUUCCUGCGAAGUGGCAGCUAUGCGCAAACAAGUGGGUCUGAAACAGCUAUGCAACAACGGCACGUGUAAGGAGAUGGGCAACAUGCAUUUAUGUCUUUGCAAGCAAGGCUACACGGGCAGUUACUGUCAAACGGAUAUCAACGAGUGUGAGUCACAACCUUGUCAAAAUGGCGGUACUUGUUUGGAUCGUGUGGGCGAGUACAAAUGCAUGUGUCCGAAGGGUUUCCAAGGACAGAACUGUGAACUGAACAUCGAUGACUGCUCGCCGAAUCCAUGUCAGAAUGGCGGUACUUGCCACGAUUUGGUGCAAUCCUUCAGCUGCUCCUGUCCACCCGGUACAUUAGGUAUCAUCUGCGAGAUUAAUCAGGAGGAUUGCGUGCCUGGUGCUUGCCACAACAACGGUACCUGCAUUGAUCGUGUUGGUGGCUUUGAGUGCGCCUGUCCUGCCGGUUUUGUGGGUUCGCGUUGCGAGGGCGACAUCAAUGAGUGUCUCUCGAAUCCCUGCUCUAAUGCGGGUACUUUGGACUGUGUACAGCUGGUGAACAAUUAUCAUUGCAACUGCAAACCUGGUUAUAUGGGACGUCAUUGCGAAACUAAAGUCGACUUUUGUGCCAAUUCGCCAUGCCAAAAUGGCGGCAUUUGUUCGACGAAACAAUCUGGACAUCACUGUGUCUGUUCGGUUGGCUUCUAUGGCAAAAAUUGUGAAUUCUCUGGUAAUGAUUGCGAUUCAAAUCCCUGUCAAGCGGGCAACUGUGUGGUGGACAUGACACGCGGCUAUCAUUGCGAAUGUCCACCCGGUACCGAAGGUAUGCAGUGCGAGAUCGACACAUUGGAUGAGUGCGCUUCGAAUCCGUGCCGUCAAGGUGCGGCAUGCGAGAAUUUACUCGGCGAUUUUGUUUGCUUCUGUCCCACCAAAUGGGCAGGUAAACGUUGUGAAAUAUACGAUACUAACUACCCUGGCUGGGCUUCGGAUACCAGUCGUGGUCCACUUAAUAAAUACGCGAAAGACUUGGAGUAUCAACGUGAAAUGUGCGUCCAACGUGGUUGUGAACAGAAGAAGGGAAAUCACAAAUGUGACCAAGACUGCAACACCUACGCUUGCAACUUUGAUGGCAACGACUGUUCGCUAGGCAUCAAUCCAUGGGUGAAUUGCAGCGCGAAGAUCGAAUGCUGGCGCGUCUUCAUGGAUGGACAAUGCAAUGAGGAGUGUAAUAAUGCGGCAUGUCUUUUCGAUGGUCGCGAUUGUGCCAAGAAACUACAACCAUGCAACCCGACUUAUGAAGCUUACUGCCAGAAACACUAUGCUGACGGACACUGUGAUUAUGGUUGCAACAAUGCUGAGUGCAACUGGGAUGGGCUGGAUUGUGAAAACACACUCGAGCAACCGAAUCUAGCUGAUGGUGCCAUUUCAGUGGUAAUGUUGAUGGAUGUAAAAACGUUCCAAGAUAAACAAAUCGAGUUCUUACGUGAGAUGGGUCAUGUAUUGCGCACUACGGUACGCAUCAAAAAGGACUCGAUGGGCAAUGACAUGAUCUUUACCUGGAAGGGCGCCUCACAUUUGACCGACUUAGAGAACUCGGAAUUCGGGCGCAAACACCGUAUAAUCUCGACGGAGCGUAAUGAUCAGACUGGCAUACAAAUCUAUCUGGAAAUCGAUAAUCGCAAGUGUAGUGAUUGUUUCAAUCGCGCCGCCGAAGCAGCCGAGUUCUUAGCGGCUUCUGCUGCCAAGUACACGCUUUCGCCAAAGUUCCAGAUCUAUAGCGUGCGUGGUGUACAGAAUCCCGGAGAAGAUGUGGAGGAACGUCCGAGCAACGUGAAAUAUGUGCUCAUCGGCAUCAGCAUAGUGGUGUUCGCAUUCCUUGGCGUACUAGUGACUACGCAACGUAAGCGCGCUCAUGGCAUUACCUGGUUCCCGGAGAAUUUCCGUACUACCACCGCCACAGCGGUGAACCAUCAACGCCGACGACGUGAUACCGGACAGGAGAUGCGUAAUUUGAAUAAGAAUCCCUCGAUUGCCUGCAUGAGCAACGAUGUCAACAUGAAUUCUGGUCAUAUGGGUCAUGCGCCACAGUGGUCGGACGACGAAUCCGAAUUACCACCACAGAAACGUAUGCGCAACGAGCACGGCGGUUAUGCCAGUGAUCACACAAUGGUAACCGAUUACGAGGAAGCUGAUCCACGCGUCUGGUCGCAGGCGCACCUUGAGGUAGCGGAUGUACGUUCAUCCAUUAUGACACCACCGGCACACCAAGAUGGCAAACACGAUGUGGAUGUACGCGGACCGUGCGGCAUGACACCACUCAUGGUGGCGGCAGUGCGCGGUGGCGGUUUGGAUACCGGUGAGGAUAUAGAGACCUCUGACGAUCAAACGGCGCAAGUGAUUUCCGAUUUACUGGCACAGGGCGCUGAGCUCAACGCGACUAUGGAUAAGACUGGCGAAACUUCACUACAUUUGGCUGCGCGUUAUGCGCGCGCUGACGCUGCCAAACGUUUAUUGGAUGCUGGCGCUGAUGCCAAUUGUCAAGAUAAUACCGGACGUACACCACUACAUGCAGCUGUAGCCGCCGAUGCAAUGGGCGUUUUCCAGAUACUGCUGCGCAAUCGCGCUACCAACUUGAACGCACGCAUGCAUGAUGGCACCACACCGCUGAUACUCGCUGCGCGCUUAGCCAUCGAAGGUAUGGUUGAGGACUUAAUCACUGCCGAUGCGGAUAUAAAUGCAGCUGAUAAUUCUGGAAAGACUGCGCUUCACUGGGCAGCCGCUGUCAAUAAUACCGAAGCUGUGAAUAUACUGCUCAUGCAUCAUGCAAAUCGCGACGCACAGGAUGACAAAGAUGAAACACCACUCUUUCUGGCGGCACGUGAGGGCUCCUAUGAGGCCUGCAAAGCGCUUUUGGAUAACUUUGCCAAUCGCGAAAUUACCGAUCACAUGGAUCGUUUGCCACGCGACGUUGCUUCCGAGCGUUUACACCACGACAUCGUUAUACUACUGGACGAACAUGUACCGCGUUCACCACAAAUGAUGGCCAUGACACCACAGACAAUGAUCGGUUCACCGCCACCCGGCAGUCAAGCGCAAAUCAUCUCACAGCCUACUGUCAUUUCAUCGUCAAAACAGCCAGCACAAACAACAAAAUCGAAAGCGGCGAAAAAGGCAAAGCUAUUGGAGGGCAGCCCGGACAAUUUACUCGACGGCGGCGGCAGUCUGCGACGCAAACCGGGCUCAAAAAAGGGGACAGGGGGCUCGGUGUCAAAAAAGGGCGGACAAAACGGCCUUACGGCAGCACAACUGCUGAAUGGCUUGGGUGGUGGACUGACAGCGCACGGCCAGGGGCUGGAGGGAGUGGAUCAACAGCAACUGCUGGAUGCCGGUCUCAGUGCGGUGGACUCACCACCACUGUCGGGCCUAACAAGCCAACCGAGCCCGUACGACACGUCGUCACUGUACUCGAACGCGAUGGCGGCGCCAACACAUCACCACAACGAUCUGCUGAGCAACAGCAACGGCGUGAAACAACCACCCAGUUAUGAAGACUGCAUAAAAAAUGCGCAGACAAUGCAAAGUUUAGUGCAACAACACCAACAGCAACAACAGCAGAAUAAUAUGGAUUUAAUAAAAAUGGAGAACUAUGUGUACUCGCGUGGUUCGCCCUUUCAUCAGGAAAUGAUGAAUCAGAAGGGCAACAAUCAGCAAAAUAUGAAUUCGCUUUGUGGCGGCGGUGGUGGUGGCCCCGCCAGUCUCGGCCACAACGGCCCUGGCAGUAUGGGCAAUCACGAGCAGGGACUGAGUCCGCCGUACUCCAAUCAAUCGCCACCACAUUCCGUGCAGAGCAGCAUGGCGCUCUCGCCGCACGCCUACUUGGGCUCUCCGUCGCCCGUGAAAUCGCAUCCCAGCCUGCCCACCUCGCCCACACAUAUGCAGGCCAUGCGACAUGCCACACACCAGAAGCAGUUCGGCAAUAAUGUGAACUCGCUGCUCGGUGGCGGCCUAAACAAUGCGAACAGCAAUUCAACGAAUGGUCCACAGAGCAAUGCGUCGAUAAAUUCGCCGCAGAGUAUGAGUUUUCAAUCGCCCAGCAGUCAGAGUUUAUCGCAACAGAAUUCACCGGUGAGUGUGGGCAUUGUAUCGCCGACCGGUAGUGAUGGCAUGAUGAUGGCGCCACAACAAACACAACAACAACAGCUGCAGCAACAACACCAACAACAGCAGCAGCAACAACAACAGCAACAGAAUGCGAAAAGUAGUGCAAUAAUGCAAACAAUGCAACAACACCAACAACAGUUGGGUAGCCUCGAUUUCGGCUCGACCGGUUUGGACUUGAACGGCUUUUGCGGUUCACCAGAUUCCUUUCAUUCCGGCCAAAUGAAUCCGCCUUCGAUACAGAGCACUAUGUCGGGCUCAUCGCCCGCCACCAACAUGCUCUCGCCAUCCUCCCAACACAAUCAGGCCUUCUACCAAUAUCUGACGCCGACGAGUCAACAUUCGGGGGGCCUGACACCACAACAUCUGGUGCAAACGCUCGAUAGCUACCCCACGCCAUCACCCGAAUCGCCCGGCCAUUGGUCGAGCUCAUCGCCACGUUCCACAUCGGACUGGUCGGAGGGUGUGCAAUCGCCAGCGGGUAAUAAUCUCUACAUCUCCGGUGGUCAUCAGGCCAAUAAGGGUUCGGAGGCGAUUUACAUUUGACAAUAAGCGCAGGUGACAGCGGUAAAAGCUGCCUGCUGCUGUGCUGCGACAUGCGCCACGGUGAAUGUAACGCGUGUAAAAAGUGAAAAUUAAUUAAACGAAAAAAAAAAAAAAUUAUAAUUAAUUGAAUAUUUAAACGUGCAGAGUACGAACGAACUGAAAGCAAAUGCGGCGGCCUCAAAAGUGUUGCUUGCGGCGCGCGCUUUGACAAUUUCCAUACAAACAAACAUUUGUAGUUAUUAUUAUUAUUGUUGUUAUACAUACAUACAAAUUUGACACGCAUUUCAACGCCGCGUAACACCGCCGGCUGCAUGGAGACUUAGAUGCUUCCUUUUCAAAAAAGGAUGUCAGCCAUAUUUUUUAAGUAUGCAUUUUUUAACCAUACAUACAUAUACAUACACGACUACUAUAUGCUAAAUAUAGUUUACAACUAUUAUACAGUUAUAAAGCGAAAAUUAUUAAAAUGCACGCCUGCAUGGUGAGGCUUUAAAGCGUGCAUUGAACGAAUAGCUGCGGUGCCUAUUGUAAAUUAUUACUAUUUUUAUUAAUUCCGUUUUUUAAUAUACCCACAAGCAUAUUAAUGUGUACAGCGCAAAAAUUCGUUACACUAUAAAUAUGCGCACACACACACACUACUACAUAGCAUACAUGCAAGUAAAUAAUGACCUAGUAAUAGACUUACAUACAUAAAUUACAUACCGAUAAUGAACAAGUAUAUAAAACAAAAACAAAAAAUCAGCUGCAAAAAAGAAACUCACAAUCGAAUCUCCUACCAGAGUAGUAAAUACAUACAUACAUAAAUAUUAUAUAAUUAUAUAUGCAUAAGUGCUAUGCAUACAAAAUUAGUUAUACACACACAUACAUAUAAUACAUAUAGUAUAUAUGUGUACCGAAAAUAGUACCGUUAUAAUAUAAUGCGCACGAUUUGUGAAAAGCGAUGGAAUUGUGUAGAUGGUUUUGAAAAGUUUUUGGUGUUUUUGAAAAUGUUAUAAUGCGUGUGGACUGUGGGGCCUGGGAUUUAUUUGGAAUGUGAGUAAAUUUUUGUUGUUCUCAAGCAGUUUUUAGUUAAUUUUAAAAGUCGAAAAAUUUGAAGAAAUAUUUAAAAAAAUUUAAAAUGUAAAAAUAUUUUAAUUAAAGGUAAUUUUGAGAGUCGAAAAAUUUGAAGAAAAAUUUCAAAAAAUUUGAAAUGUAAAAAUAUUUUAAUUAAAGGUAAUUUUGAAGGUCAAAAGUUAGAGGAAACGUUUUAAAAUAUUCCAAAUUUAUCACUAAAGCUUAAAAGUAAUUUACUGUUAUUUUUUUUGCCUGAGGCCACUUAUACAGUUAAAGUAAUGCUUGUCCUAAUUGGAAAAUAUUCAAAAUAAUUAUUUUUUGUUUCAUAAUGAAUUUGAUAAAUUUCGACAAUCCUUGCCCAUAUAUAAAUAUGGUUCCAUUUCGACAAACUAAAAGCUACAGACGUCGAACGUACUCCGAAUGUUUAAAUUUGCUACAAAAUUGUCUCAAAUCCGAAAAAUAGUUCAACGAAAUUUUUUUUUAAUUUUCUACUUUGAAAAAUCUCAACCUUAAUACGCAUCAAUAUGUCUCCGUUAUUAAAAAUCGUUCAAUAAUAUCAACAAUUACCUUAAUAUCUACCGAAUAAAAUCGUGAACCCACAGCCCAAACGCAGCUCACCAAUUUAUUAAUUGCUUAUUGUUAUUGAUAUUCGAGUUUUUUAUUAAAAAAUUACAUUUGUUUAAAAUUUGCAAUUUGAAAUUUGUAAAAAAAAAGAAUUAAAUUAGUUUAAUAUAAAAGUGCUGAAAAUGAGUAGAUUGUGAAAAUAAGAGUAUUAAAAAAAAUUAAACUAAAAAUUAUGAAAGCAUGCGGCAAACUGAAGACACUAGACUUAUUUUAAUAUAAAAAAAAAGAAAAAACAAAUUAACAUAAAAACAACGCUGCGUAAAGUAAAUAUGUAAUUGCUACUAGUAUAAAAUGUUAGCCAUAGGUGCGCUGAAAACUCUUCCAAUAUUGUUAGGUAUUACAAUUUUGUUAUUAAAGCAAAUUGCAUAAAAUAAAGUUUUUUUUUUAAUUAAAUUAUAAUUAUAAAUAAAAUAAUUAAUCUUAAGCAAGUGCGUAUGCUAACAACGCUAGCAAGUAACUGUAAAAAGUAUCUCAUGUCUAUGACUUAAGUAUAACUAACAUGUUUAGCGUUAAGUUGUCUAAAAGCAAAAAAAAAAAAAUAUUAGUAAAAAUCAGCAUAUUAUUUAAAAGCAAUAUGCGUAAUAUUUAAAAUAUAUAUUUUUUAAUGUAAAUUAAACGAAAUUAAUUGCAAAUUAUUAAUUUUUAGUAAAUAUUUAAAACGUGCUGUAAUUGGCGUAAAGUUUUUAAAUUAGCUUAUAUUUAAUUUUUUAAUGUAUGUAUACUCUAAGCAUUUUAUUUUGUAUUCCGUAUGCGUUAAAGCGUUAUUUAUAAAUUUACUUGUAGUAAAUUGUUGCGCUAAAUAUAAUGCGUAGAAAUUUAAAUAAUUUUUUUUUAAAUUGAAAAUUAAACUAAUACAAACAGUAAUCCAUAAUAUUGACCACUUUGCAAUUAUUGACUGUGUGAAACUGUCGCUUAUAAUGAAAGCGUUCGGCAUAAGACACGAAACAUAAAAGACAUAAUAUUAUUUAAAAAUUAAUUAAUUGUGCUCUUUUAGCAUUUAAAUAGUAA